AGUAUCGACCGUUCCGGGACGAGGAAGCGGAGUGCGCACUCUGCAGAGUUUCCAGUCUGCCGAAGAGAUGGGAAGAGCGAGGCCGCGAGGGGGAGACGACGCUAGCGGAGUUCAUGCUUGGCACCUGCGGUAGUGUUUCGACGACGACGAACAAGAAGAAGAAUUAGCGGGGAAGACGCGGACUGAAACGAGAGACCGAGCUGCUGCUGGCCUCCCUGAGUCUGACUUGAAGCAGAGGUGAUCGGUGGUGCUGGCGGUGGUUGCGGGAAGUGCGAGAAAUCCAGAAGCCCGAUUGCCGACGGUGCGCGCGGUGGGAUUUCUGCCGCUUCAGCGGCCGCCGCUAGCUUCCAGAGCAUCAGAGUUCAGGUUCGGUCAGUGAUGAUUGAGCAAGAGGAGGGGAGGAGAGACAGACGCCAGUUGGCAUGUUGGGCAGCUGUGGGGUGGUCCUGUGGGAGUUUAGAUCAGAAGAAUUCUUUUUGUCGUGCUGGGCGGGAAAAAUUGCCAGGCCCGGAAGAUUGCCAAGGACGCAGGAAGAGGAGAAGGAGGAAGAUCCAGUAACGCACGUCAAUUGGGGAGCAAUGUGACGGCAGGGUAUAGCGUGGUGACGAGGAUCAGAACCGAGGGAAGAACGCGCACAUUUGAGUAGAAUUGCACUCGGAUUUUGAGCUCAGAGAGUAAAUGCCAUUUCCGUUGGAGAAUCAUUGGUUCGUUUGGUAAUGAAAAAAUAAGGCGUUUUAGGCAGUCGGAAUCGUUACGAAUUACGAGUCUCUGGUGCACGGAAGCAAUAUUUUUAUGCCUGCUUGCCUGCCCAAAUUUUCUGGUAAACAUUCUGUGCUUGGCAAUUCGUACAGCGCUGCCGUAUGAGAAAAUUCGCUCGGGGAAGGGGAAUACAGCGCAUUAGGAGUCAGGUAGUUAAUUUAGUAGUGGAUGAUCUUUAUUCUUCAGUGUAAAUCAGUAGGAUUUAGCGAGACGUUUGAAUGCAGCAGCCCCUGAAGUUGGCAGCCGGAAUUCUCAGGAGAAUUCGUCUCUUUGUGAUGGGCUCAACGUGGCGGAGGUCUCAUGACCACCUUACUUUCCCUCCUUUGCUGAGGAAUGAACAUAAAGACAGGGUUCGAAAUCGAAAGCUACCUCUGGUGGAUGAAAGAGGACGUUUGAAUGUGGAGACACGGGGUGCGCCAAAGACCUCACUAUACUGGGGAGACCUAUUCCACACCCUUGUCAAUAUGCCGAAUGCUAGGUUCAUGUGUGUUCUUGCGUGUACAUAUACAUUACUGUUUGGAGGAUUUGCUGUACCAUUUUACUACGAUGCUUACAACAACUCGUGCAUCCCGGGUGUUCUUACUUUCAGCCAUGCCCUAUGGUUCAGUGUUCAGACAUCAAUGACUAUUGGUUAUGGCGGAGAUUUGACGCCUGAUCCGCGCUGUACGAUGACAAAUGUCGUGGUCGUUAUCCAGUCUCUAGUCAGUCUGUUGGUCGCUUACUCCUUGUUGGGAGUCUUCUACGUCAGGUUUGCUCGGCCAGCUCGUCGCGCACAGACUUUGAUCUUCAGUAAGAAGAUGGUCAUGUACGAGGAAGAUGGGGUCCCUGUCUUGGCUUUUCGGAUGGCAAAUGUGAGAAAGCAUCAGAUCAUAGAGGCCAACGUGCGACUCUUGAUUGGACUUAAUAACCAUUUGACCUCCGAAGACGAGAGUGUAUUCCACUUCACCUCUCUUCCGGUUGUCGGUGGAAGUCAAGUUUUUCUGGGUUUACCAUCCACUGUGAAGCAUGCAAUCACGCCUUCGAGUCCCCUCUAUGAGCUAUCUAUUCAGGAUAUGGAGGAUGCUGAUGUUGAAAUACUGGUUUUGCUGGAGGGUGUGGAUGCUUCUACUUCGAGUAAACUUCAAGCGCGACGUUCUUAUCGGCCCUCUGAUAUCUGCACCGAGCACCGUUUUGAGACAAUAGUGGCGCGCACACAGAGUGGUCGACGAUGUGUGGACUUCACAAAGUUUGACUCAGUGUUGCCAGUCUCAGUCAGUGUUCCCACAAGACCUAUGGCAAGUUUCCCUUCAUCUCCAGCUGUGUCUGCUAUGCGUUUACCCGGACUGUCAAAUUUGCACCGAGCGCCGGACAUCAGACAAAAUCUUUUGGAAAGUGGGGGCAACAGUUUGGAGGCGCGUCAUUCCAGCACGACUUCAAGUACGGAUAGCUUAGGAGCAUACAAUGCAGAGGGCCAAGAUACAUUGACUGGAUUAAGAGUGGGCACACCACAAAAGCACACGGUUCAGUGGAGUCGCAAGGCUAUGGUGAGGAGCAUGCCGGAUUUGCUUGACAGUGAAAUUCUUACUGCGUACGACGACGAGGAGCCUCAGUUUAAGGGACAGCAAGAACUUGAACAAAGGGCUCUAAUUGCAGAAGCUAGGGCACAUCAGUGGAAACAAAUGGUGAUUGAAUUGGCAUCUGGCAUACAGGAUACGCUGCAGCAACCCACAACAGCAGCUUUUGCUGAUGCUGGACCUCUAAUUGCCACUGCUCAACUUGCGUUAUCGAGAGUCAUGAACCCCAAGUAACCAGAGAGUCAUAUCGGUGAGACGGUAUUGGCUGUUCAGGGAAGCUUUAUCAUCAUACCGGCGUUUUUUUGAGAGGUCCUUCGUGAAGCUUGGAGACAGUCUUUGUCUCAGCGUUACAUUCUUUCCAAUUUUUAUCCCCACCCUGCGUCUCUUGGGCUUCUGGAGCGGUAGUGAGCUGGUAUUGGCUUGAUUUGUCACAACUCAACCUAGAAAGAGUGUGACGUUCAAUUUUAUGACAGCCUUUUCUUCUCUUUCCUACAUUUCAGAUCCCACGGCUUUCAGUAGUCAAGUUGUUACAAAGUUAGGAGGUCAGAUAUUGAGCCUGCGAAGGUUCUUAAGUUUUGAAUCCGUGUUCAGACAUGUAGAGGCCGAUUGGUAUAGAAAGAGUCGAGACCGGUGGGGGUUAGUGGAUCAUAUCUUUCGCGGUGGAAUGGCGCUUUGUCGAUCUGCAACGAAAUCCAUAAGUUUAGAACAGUUAAAAGUAGGCGAAGAUUGAGAUUAUUCCUAUACAAAUAGAGGUCAUCAAUUCUAGGUGUGUUGCUUUUGCUCAGAUUGUGUGUUGGGCUGAAUCAUGGGCCUACUCAGAUGCAUAAUGAGGUUCGAUGAGUCCUCUUCGGUGGCAGGAGUAAAUUUUUCUGCGACCCACUAAAUCUGCUGGAUGGGUCGAAGUGGCGCACAUUAGGGCAAGUUUUAUUCAAGGCCCAGAAAUUCAUGUGACUUUAGGGCUUGAUGAGAGUUUUACUGAUGAGAGUUAUUCGUCCGGGCUGUUAUUCGGAGAGCUUCCACAUGUCAGUAAGAUAAAUUAGGUGAGCCCGAGUAUUGCUCAAAAAUCUCGCGAAGUCUUCUAGGAACGGUGGACAUGUAUUUUACCUAUUACCUUCUUGUGAAUUCUGUACUCCUUAUUUCCACCAAUCAGUUCCAUGCCUACAAUGAUAAGAGGCUGCAAUGGGCAGAUAUGCACCGAUAGAAUCUAGGUUUGUUUAGAAAUACACUGAUAUCGGGUGUCAUGAAGGUCCAAAUUUGAUGAGCAAAUGACACUGCUGCAUUUGUCUGUAGACGAUGUGCAGUGGCAAGCUUUCACGUUUACAGACGUGUGUGGACUAGCUAGUUUAGUCUACAACAAAGCGAAGAAAAGUUCUGAGAACAAUACUUUGUUUUUGGAGAGUUAGAGGAGGUUACUGAGACCGUUUAGAUUGUGCACGGUGAAGGCAACCUAUGCAAGGUGCCAUGGAUUUCAUUCCAUGUAAUGUACCUCUUCUGACACGUCAAAACAUGCAAACAAGUAUACAUAGUUUUGGUAAGUACUCG